GUACUCAAUUCCUAAUUUCCCAAAGUUUUAUUUUGAUUUCAAGUUUUACUGUUUCGUCUAUUCAACUUUCUUUUUUGCCGCCUAAACUUGCUCAUCCUGCUUUUGGAACCUGAAUCAUGAUGAAGACUGAAUUCUCUCUCUCUCGCUCUCUCUCGACGUAGGAACCUGAAAAGCUUGGCUUACAUCGAUACAUCGGGAAAACGAUAAUGGGAACAUCUUUAAUUCAGUUUCUUUCAUUUAUAUUUUAAACUCGGGAACAACUUUUCAUCUCUCUCUCUUUUUCUCUCUCUCCUCUUCCCUUCAUACCUCUCUUACUUGCUUUCUUACAUUCUUAAUGAAAUCCACCUUUUCAUGAUGAAAAUUGUUGAAGAAAAAAUUGUUUUACCAUUUUUGGUUAAUUAUUUGGAGAGAAAUUGUGAAGGAAUGAGAAGACCUUGAAUAUCUUCAUUUUUCUCUUCAUUUCUCUAUCUUUCCCUCUAAAAUCUCAUCUUAUUUUAAAACACUCCAAUACAGUUGGAAACAUCAUAAAUUGUAUUUUGCGACCAAUUUUUCUUUUCCCUGAUCUUCUGCUUCAACUGUAGAGUUAGAUUGUUUUAAUGGCUACCAAAAAGUUGAAAAAAUUUCUUAUACUGUUAGACGAUGAAAGUCUUCUUUAUUUUCCUGGAUCCUUUCUUUCUGGUAAAGUUUUACUGGAACUGGAAGAACCUACACCAGCCAUUGGCCUUUACUUUCACAUAAUUGGUGAAGGAGUUGUUAAUUUAUCUGACAAAGGACGAAUUAUCCAAACAGAUAAAGAAAAUUACAUUGAUUUUCGUAUGAGACUUCUUGGUGACGGUGGAACUAAAAGCGAUAUUGGAAGCUCUGCUAAUGGUUCUGUAGCUGGUAACCGGAUCCUCAUCUUGUCUCCUGGUGUCCACACUUUCCCCUUCAAAUUAGGACUUCCUUUAGGUCUUCCAUCAACUUUUUUAGGUAAACAUGGUUGGGUCCAAUAUUAUUGUAAAGCAGUUCUUAAGGAUCCCCAAAAUGUACUUCACAAAAAUCAACAAGUUUUUAUCGUGAUGAAUCCAAUUGAUUUGAAUCUGGAACCAAGUUUAUUAACGCAACCUUUUCAUUGUGAAGUUGAAGAGAAAAUUGGUAUCAACUGUAUUACAAGGGGAACGGUCAGUUGUCGAGUUCGUCUUGACCGUGGAGGCUAUGUGCCUGGAGAAAGUAUAAAAAUCUAUGCUCACAUUGAGAACAAUAGUAAAGUAACAAUAAAAAGGACCAAAGCCAUUCUCACCGAGACUAUCCAAUACACGGUCAAGAAUAAACUUGCUCAUUCCGAAUCAAGGGAACUGGCAUCACUUGAAAGAGGAAAAAUAGUUCCAAAAGCUUCUGAUCAAUGGAGAGGGGAACUGCUUUACAUUCCACCCUUGCCACCAACAAAUCUCCGUGGAUGUCAUCUAAUUAAAAUUCAAUAUGAUGUUUAUUUUGUAAUCGAUGGUAAAGGAUGUAAACCAAUUAAAUUGCAACUUCCCAUCAUGCUGGCAACUUAUCCUUUACGUAACAAGGAUGGAACUCUUCCAAGACGCAAAGGAACUCAUUAUCCAUCAACUCUUCCUAUUUCUAGACCUUGGUUGGAUGGAGAAAAGAAGAUCAAAGCAUAACUUAACACAAUCUGAUUGUUAUUCUUGGCGUAAUUAGCGAUUAACCUUAGCUUUAAAGGCUUGCAUCACAUACAACUAACAAGCAUCCAUUCAACAAUGAAUUGUAUCAACCAAAAGAAACUUUCAUUGUUUUUACACUGUUGUUACGAACCGUCCAAACAAAAGUCAACAUGUACAAUCAAAUUAAUGGUGCAAUUAAUUAGAAAUUUUUGUUUGACUUUCGGUGAAAAUAUCUUCAUAUUACAGCUUUAUUUUAAAGCUAUUUUCGUUACUCUGUAAUAUCCUGGCUGUAUAAAUUAUUUUUAAUUUUUCGAAUCUCAAAUUAAAAUAAAACUGUUAUUGGUCGAAUCUUAAAA